AUGGUUCUCAACGCAGGUACAAAGCUUCCAAUAGCUCGAUUGAUCAGACCAACAGCUUCCUAUUACCCCGCAAUUAGUAGUAUUCGAUACUAUUCUGCACCACCUGAGAGCACGAUACCGGCCGCAAAGCUAAAAUACAUUCCCACGAGCGGCACAUACCCUAAAGGAUUUCUAGUUUCUGGAACCUACGUAGGAGUUAAACCAACCAACAAAUCUACGCCUGAUCUUGCUUUCCUUGCCUCGGAGACACCAUGUGCGGCUGCAGCAGUGUUCACGAAGAACAAGUUCCAAGCGGCUCCUGUCACCGUUAGCAGGAAGAUGCUACAGAGAAGGAAUAAUGCUGGAAUUCGUUCAGUCAUUAUCAAUUCGGGCUGUGCAAAUGCUGUGACCGGGAAGGGUGGAAUGGAAGAUGCUGAGAAGAUGGGAGCUGAAGCUGAUAGAUGUUUUGAUGCACCAAGUGAUGGCAAAGGUGGGAGUUCAAUAGUCAUGAGCACUGGUGUAAUUGGUCAAAGGUUUGGAAUCCUGUCUCUACUUCCAGAAAUUUUGCCAUUACUAAAGCUCUCUCAGAUUGCCAAUCCAGAAAAUAUUACUUAAAAUACCUACCGCCUUCGACGGUCUGGGAAACUCACACAACCAUUGGUUGGCGACUGCAACCGCAAUUUGUACCACCGACACAUUUCCAAAACUCUUAUCCCGAACAUUCUCCUUACCCUCUUCUCCAGGGGUCGAAUACAGAAUGGCUGGUAUGACAAAGGGUGCCGGAAUGAUUCAUCCGAAUAUGGCGACUUUGUUAGGAAUGAUUGCAACAGAUGCACCAAUAGCACCGGUGUUACUGCCAUCUUUGCUUAAAAACGCUGUUAAUAAAUCAUUUAACAGUAUAUCCAUUGAUGGUGAUACCUCUACGAACGAUACGGUUGCUGUUUUGGCAAACGGAGCAGCAGGGGGUAAGGAAGUCACUUCUGAAUCAUCCGAAGAUCAUGCUGCAUUUCAAAAGGUUCUGACCGAGUUUGCUACUGGUCUUGCCAAGCUCGUCGUUCGUGAUGGUGAAGGUGCAACUAAGUUCGUCACUAUCCGUGUAACAGAGGCCCCGUCAGAGAUUGGAGCACGUAAAAUUGCUAGCACAAUCGCAAGAUCUCCACUAGUAAAGACGGCAUUGUAUGGUAAAGAUGCAAACUGGGGCCGUAUACUAUGUGCUACUGGCUAUUCCCAGAUCUCAGAACCAGGCGAGCCGAUAAAUGAAGUUCCAGAUAUCGUCCCUGAGAAGACUAGUGUCUCAUUCAUUCCCUCAGAUGGCUCACCGGAGCUUAAACUUUUAGUGAACGGAGAGCCGGAAUCAGUGGACGAGACUCGUGCUGCCGAAAUCUUGGAGCAUGAGGACCUAGAAAUAUUGAUAAGGCUCGGAGGUGGAAAGGAAGAGGCCGUGUACUGGACUUGUGAUUUCAGGUAGAUGCUCAACAUAUCAACUAACAAGACAAAAGCUAACCGGUAUAGCCAUGAAUACGUCACAAUUAAUGGAGACUACAGGACAUAAGUAAUGCAAAGUGAGGUGAGGUCAAGAAAAAGAGAAUUUCGAUCUAAAAUCAUUCCAGGGCAAGACGUUUUAAGUGGGGAUAGAAGGGAGUUGUAGGGCAGUGCGUAACAGUAAAAGUGAAUUUUGGGAAAAGCAUAGCAAGAUAAUAGAAAUACCCAAGCAUCUAUGAAAACCACGGUAGAGGAGUAAAAAGAGC